AUGGCAGAUAAGGAUAAACCGAAACAGGCAACGGCAGUGAAAUCCACAUCCGAGCAAGAUGCCGCUGCUGCCGUGGAAACAGCGCAGUCCUCCCAGGGGGCCGCAUCUGUGGGGGUAAUGGCAGCUGCGAGGAGUUCCAUGGCCUCGUCAUCCACUUCUGUCACAACCACGGCAAGAACAGACCAAUCAAAAGCGUAUUCCACCUUUAUGGCCGGUCUGGAACAAUGCAUGGCUCAAUAUUCGACUUUAGGGAGUUGGUUGAGUGACCAGAUUUGUGGUUACAUGGGUGCCGUGGACAUCCCAGCGAUGUACAAGAAAUUCAUGGAGUUAUCACCGCUGGAAAGAGCGCUUAUCAUAAUUGCGCUUCUCGGCCUGGUUGGUCUUCUGGGAUGGAUGGCUUGGGAAGGGGUUACAUUGGCGUGGCCCCAUCUCAUAAAAUUUUUGGAGUCUUCCCCAGGCCAAAAUUUUUUGGAGACGGCUGGCACAUAUCUGAAAGGUUUGGCAGAGAGUGACGUAAUGAAAAAAUUUGUUGGGAUAUUUGCCAGUGCUUCCGAGCCUGGUGAAGAUAAGGAGGAUACUCCUUGUUUUGACAAGGAAAACUGGACCAUGCUUACCUCUGUGGCGGCUGUCUCAAUAACUGAAAUUGUUCGCGUUUUCUUUGCCUAUAUGAGCACAAAUGCCAUGAAAAAGUAAAUAAAUGUUUGCAUAACGUAGUUUAGUUAGUCUUUGUUCCAAAUGAUGAAACCGUUAUGUUCAUCUGCAUGAAAUGUAUGAUAACAAGUAAGUGAGGCUUAUCUACGCAAAAUAAAUCAUUCCAUACUUGUAAAGAA